UGCAUUGCUCUUCCUCGUGCAAUACUGCCCGUUCUAAGGAAGACAUAACCUACGGGUCCAUAGUAUUUUUAACCCGUCGUCUAUCUUCGAUUGUUGUGGAAAAUUGUCUGCACUGAACGUCGACGACGCAGACAAAUUUCACUAUGGGAAAGGAAUUUGGAAAUCUACACAAAAUAUACGGAAUCGUAACUUUCCGAAUCAGCCCACACGAACAAAAACCUUUUGCGGGACUAAUAUCUCAUAGUAUACCAAAUAUCAUCCGCCGAUUUAAGGAUAGCGUAUUACGAGUUGUUCCACCCUUUGUAAUUACGUAUUUAAUAAUAGAUGUGGCAGAGAAGGAACAUCACCGCCUGUCCCGCAAAAACCCGAAAGAUUUUGAAAAUGAUGUCUAAAUAAAUUGUUAACGUCUGUAGUAUUAUACAUAUUUAAUGUUAUCUAAAACUACUCCGAGGGAAAAACAUCUGCGUCCUUGUAUGCUAGCUGUGCGAAUAUAAUCGGAAGCGCAAUAAUUUAUGCCGUUUUCAAUUACAACGGUAACCUAUUCAUUUAAGAUACAAAGAAAGAAUAGAUGUUAACAGCCUUUGCAUAAGAUCCCGUUAAGUAAUUAAAAAGACCAGUCUUGAAAAGUAGAUUCUUGUAAUCCGGGAACUACAAAUAAAUCGAGAGAUGCGGCACA